AUGUCUUCACAAGAGUUGAAAUUCAAUAAUGAAAGUGAUCAUAACGUAGUAUUACUCUUUCCACAACUUUUAUCUGAUCCGAUCAAAUAUUAUGCUCACUCUUCAAUAAUUGUCUCUUCUCUUUACUUUUUAGAAAAGUUAACGCAACAAUCAUCAACAAAUAAUUCUAAUAUUACUAGUAAUAAUAAUAAUAAUAUAACAACUAAUCAUGAUGAUGAAAAGAAGGAAGAACAUUCCGAUGCAAUGAUCAUCACCUCCGAUGAAAAUCAAUCAAAAACAAUUCAAGUUGAUCUCAAAGUGUAUAAUAGAGAGGCUUUUGAAUAUGUAAUGCUCUAUUUGUACGAAGCAGAGGAGAGGGACCAUUUGCUCGAUCAUUCUUUGGAUAAUGUUAUUGAUGCGAUUAGGCUUUCAAUUUUGAUGGGAAUUCCUAAAUUGACAAACUUUCUUCUUGACAAGUUGGUAGAUGGUGAUUAUGUGCAACACUUUUUCAAAUUGUACUAUUUGGCUAAAACUUUUGCAAUCCCAGAGAUGGAAACCAGAUUAAAAACCAAGUUUACAAGUUCCUGGAAGUUAUCAAUGUAUAUUAAUUAUUUUGAUGAGAGUAUGAUGCUUGGUUUUAUUGAGGAAUAUCAGGAUCAAAAGGUUGUGUUUGGUGAGAUGAAAUUAUUGGAAUUUGCAUUAUAUUGGAUGAAGAAUAAUAUUUCAGAUUCAAAUGUUGCCAAACUGAGAGAAAUAUUAAUUCCUCUCUCUGUAAAACUUUCAGCAUCAUUAAUCAAAACCAAACACAAUAUUGCCCUGAAAACACUCAGUGAAUUUGGUGCUGAUUCCUCCAAACUGAGUGAUGAAAUGUUUUUAUUCAUGUACAAUUCACUGGUAUCUUCAAUAGAUUUGUUAUAA